UAUCUGUUACAUGUUUUUUAAUUAUUGCUGGUGAAUUAAAAUUGUAAUUCAUAAAAAUUAAAAAUAGUAAAUUAAAAAAAAAUGCCUUUGGAUACUAUAUGGGUAAAAACACAUACAAUUUUAAAUAUUUUUUUUCAGAAGUUAACCUGUCCUAAAUGUCGAAAAAUUCUUAAUGAUCCUCAGCAAUUUUUAAAUUGUGGACACUUUGCUUGCAUGCAAUGCAUACAAAAUGAGAGCGAAUGUAUACAAUGUAAAAUACCAGGAAAAGCAUCUGAUAUAUGUCCAGAUCAAGAUGUAUCUGAUUUAAUAAUCAAUUUAAACGUAAUUGCAGAAGAAGUAGGAUUAUCAUUACAGAACAAUAAUACAAAUAAUAAAAAUAAAACUAAUGAAAUCUUAACAAAGAAUAUUAAUAAAAAAAAUAAGAAAGGUGAAACAGCUUUACAUAUUGCUUCUCGCUCUAAUAAUGAAGAUCGUGUUAAAACAUUAUUAACUUUGGGAGCAAAUCCAAAUACAAAAGAUUUUGCAGGGUGGACACCACUGCAAGAAGCAGCUAGUUUUGGACUGUAUAAUAUUUGUGAAGCUCUUUUAAAAGGUGGUGCCUUACCAGACAUGCAUGGAUAUGAUAAUAGAACAGCACUACAUGAAGCGGUACUUAAUGAUGAUUAUGACAUAGCUUUAUUGUUAAUGAAUUCAAAUGCUAAUAAAAAGGUAUUUGAUAAUGUAGGAAAGCACCCUGAGAAUUAUUGUAAAUCACAAAACAUAGCUGAAUUAUUUAAACAUUCGCAAGAUUUAACUGAUAAAUCAGAAAUAUUUUGUGAACUAAAUAAAACAUUAGAACAUAAAUUACUGAAUCAAAUAAGUACAGAAACAAAAAUUGUUUUGUAUGGUUCAGAUUUGAGUCAUGACAACCAAAAACUGCUCAUAAAGCUAGGAAUUGAAAAGAAAUUAAAAGUUGUUAAUACUUUCAGUCCUGCAGUCAGUCAUGUAAUAAUUGAUACAAAUGCAGCAAAUUAUAUAAAACCAACUUUUGAUAUAUUACUUACAAUGUUACAUGGAAAAUGGCUAGUGAGCAGUGACUGCUUAUUAAUACUCAAUGACAGUACUAAUAUCACAGUGGAUGAUUUAUCCUUGUUUGAGGUAAAUCCUCUACAAUUAGAUGAUGCUUCCACUCGUGCUAGACAAACUAUGGAAAAACAAAAUCCCAAAUUAUUUAAUAACUGCUGUUUCUACUUUGCGAUAAAAAACUACGAUUUUAUUAAUUAUGAAGAAAUGAAAAUCACCAAAGACAGAUUUAUGAAACUUGUUGCGGCAGGUGAUGGAAUUACAUUAAAAAGAGAACCAAAACCUGAACAUAUACAGGGCUCUGUAAGUCCUUUCCAUGUUGCACAUGAUUCUAAACAUUCAUUACAUAAAUGUACUCAUUACAUAAUUUAUUUUGAUUCCAAUUCUGAAACUAAUAGAAUGUUAUAUAAUAUGCCAUUUUUAAAAUCAUUACCGUUUAUGUGGUUUGUAGAAUGUAUUCUUAGAUAUAAAUUAGUAGAUCCAGUUGAUCUCGGCCUUUUGUCAUAGAGUUGACAAAUAAUUUUUAAUUUGAUUAAAAUAAUAGUUACAUUUAAUUAUAAAGAUUUUACAUAAAAAAUUAUAGGGAUAUGUAUUUGUG